CGUAAAUGACGUGAAAACAUGUGAUUUGAAUGUUUUGCUCGUAUUUUGAAGGUCUGUCCCAAUAGUUAGCAUUUAAACGGAUUUAUGUUUGCAUUUGAUCUACAAUUUGAAGAUUUGUUUGAUUUGAUGAUUCAUUGACUCGUUAAUAGGUCUGCGCUUUGAAUGUGACUGUGCUAUGAAUUGGUGGCAAUGGUUGAGACAAACGGAUCAAAUAAAUUGUCACAAUCAAAGCGAGUGUUGACUUCGUUGAUGGCGGGCGCGACUGCCGGCGCGUUGGCUAAGACUGUGAUCGCGCCCCUGGACAGGACCAAGAUAAAUUUCCAAACACAGAACCUGUCGUUCAAUUUCAGGGAAGCCUUCGUAUUCCUGGUGAACACUUACAAGAGAUCUGGUCUGAAGAGUCUCUGGAGGGGCAACUCGGCCACAAUGGUGCGGGUCAUGCCGUACGCCGCCAUUCAGUACUCAAGUCAUGAACAGUUCAAACACUUAUUGAAUGUCGAAACCAAUGCCCAGAAACGAGAACGUCCGGCGCUCAGCUUUGUUGCCGGAUCUCUGGCCGGAGUGGUCUCAACCACUGCUACCUAUCCUCUAGACUUAGCCCGCGCUCGGAUGGCUGUCACACAUAAAGAGCAAUACAGGGAUCUGUCGGCCGUCUUCAUGAAGACCAUAAAGGAUGAGAAGUUCUCGCGUUUGUACAGAGGGUUUGUUCCCACUCUGAUUGGUGUGAUUCCUUACUCAGGGUUUGGUUUCUUCACAUACGAGACCCUCAAACGCUUC